CGAUGACUACUUAGUGCAAACGAAAAUAACACAAAAAUUCGAACAAUUUGAACGAUGACAAUGUUUAGUGAAGACAUCUAAGCAAUUAAACAAGCCAAAUAAGCCCUUAAGAGUGUGCAAAUUGUUUGCAGGAGGGACCGGUGACUGCAGCAUUUGCCAAAAACGCGCCCGUCGCUCCUUGGUGGUCUUGAUUGUCGUCGUCGUUGGUUUCGACACCGCUGACCAGUCGAAACACUAUCGCUUGAGACAUGACCGCCUCGGACAAGUACACGUAUCAGCGCACGGUGCUGUGUCUGGCCCGCGUCCUGGCUGGCAUACAGCCAACGCCAUGGGAGAAGGUGCAGACGCUGUUCCGCUACUGUCCGCAGGAAAAUGCUGCUGGUGUAUUUUGUUUGGACACACGCGCCCAGGAUGCGGUCAUUGCUUUGGGCAUUUACUUCUUGGAAGGCGGCUGUCAACAUGAAUCACAAAUUGUGUCCUACCUGCUGCGCCUGGCCAAGUGUCUGCCUAAAGCCGUCUGGAUCGAUGAUGCGCGCAGCAGCAAAAUGGAGCGCGUGCGCAUACCUUCGGCGGAGAAGUUCAGCUUCUGCCUGAACACGCUGCUCUCAGACAUUGCGGCCAAGUGUCCCGAUUCGCGUGAGGAAAUCAUUUUGAAUCAGGUGGAAACGCUGGGCGCUCUGGCACACAUUGUGAAGUCGAGCAAGGAUAGCAGUUCGGCGCCGCCGCCCAUUAUAUUAUGCAAGGCGACGGUGCCACUGCUCUUUGGUCUGGCACGCUCCAUGGGCCGUUAUGCGGGCAAUGAUCCACCGCUGCUUUGUCGCAUCUUUCCGCCAGAGCUGCUGCCUAUACAGCGACCCAGCGGACGGGAUGGCAGCAAUAGCAGCGGCAGUGCCACUUGUGGCGGCUCCUUCAGCUCCAGCGAACGGAUCGCAACGACCCAAUUUCGACCCAUUAUACCGCGCUCCAUGUCCGGCAGCUUGUCGGCCCAGACAGCGGAUGCAGCGCACGAUGGACGGCCCAGACAAUUCAAUUAUAUUGGCUGCAAACAGAAGCCAUCACUGCACAGCUACUUCUCUGUGCCGUACGAUCCACGCACGCACUUCUUCACCCGCUAUGGCUCCAGUUUCAAUCAGUUUCCUAAUAUGCGCGUCUGUGAGACGCCAACAAAGUGUGGGCCCCGACCGCUGUAUCGUGUGCCGCCCUUUCCCAUCCAGCACUUGCAAACCAUAUUCGCCGUUUCCAAAAAGCUGCUCACCAAGGACACGCUCGAGCAUCUGGAUGAGCAGGCCAGCGACAUAUUCUCGCUGCAUCAAAUCAAGGGAUACUGCUACAAGAGCUUCUCAGAGACCCUCAAUCUAGUGCUGGUCACGUUGUUGCGCGAGUUGUUGCAGCAUCAGGUGGAUUUGCCAACACCCUUUACCAAGGACGUGCAAGAGUUUGUCAAACGAUUGUUUCUCAAUGGCCAAACGGAGCUGCAGAACAAGCAGCAGGAUCAGGAGCGUGAGAGACGCGAAGAGAACGGCAUUACCGUUGUCAACAAAUACAAAGUCAAUGUGAUGGCCAAUGCGGCCUGUGUUGAUCUCCUUGUGUGGGCCAUACGAGACGAAACCGUUGACGCCGACUAUAACGUGCCAUCCUUGCAGAAUGGCUUGCAUUUUUUGUUGAAGAAAGAGGCCGACAAGCUGUGCGGACGUCUCUCGCAGAAGCUUAAUCUGGUAUUAAGCCAUAAGAUCGUCAUGGAUCACAUGCCGCUGCUGAUGGUCUGCUUGGAGGGUCUCGGAAAAUUGGCCCAGAAGUUUCCCAACAUUGCGGGCACUUCGAUCUCGUAUCUGCGCGACUUUCUCGUCGAUCCCAGUCCCAUUCUAGGCAAGCUACAUGCCCAUGCCAUGCAAACAUUGGCCCUACAGAAGAAGGAAAAGGAGUUGACACCAUUCAAGAUUGUUGUCCAGAACUCAGAUUCGCGUGCCGUUGUCGAUAUUUUUGGCGAAAACCAAAAACAGGUUGGCACUGGUCGUUCCGGGCAUGCGGCCUUCGAAUCAUUACGCGAUGCAGCUAUCGAGAAUCUGAGCAUAGCUCUGCGUGCAGCCCAUACGCUUGAUCAGUUCUGUGUUCCGGCUCUUGUAGCGAAUGUCUCCAAUCGUCUAUUCACCGCCGAAAAACAUGAGAGCGAAUCUACGCUGGUGAGCCUCAAUAUAAUAGUGAUGUUGGGCCAUGUGGCUGUCGCAUUGAAGGACACCUCGAAGACCACACAGAACAUUCUGCAGUUCUUCAUUCAGCGCUUCUGCAAGGUGCCAUCGGAGCAGAACGCCCUCAUUGUGGAUCAGCUGGGCUGCAUGAUCAUCUCGCAGUGUGAGACGCAUGUCUUUGAUGAGAUCAUGAAGAUGUUCUCACGCGUUACGGUGCAGUCGGCCUCGCUGGCAUACACCUCGGAUCCGGAGCAUCGCAAGCAGUUCCACCAUGUAUCCGAUGCUGUGGUUAAUGCGUUGGGAAACAUUGCGGCCAAUAUACAGGGAGAUGCCGAAAUGCUGGAGCUGCUGGGUAAGUUGCUGGAGCUCUUUGUGCAGAUCGGACUGGAUGGUGAACGAUCGUAUGAUAAUACGCCGGGCGCCCAGAAGGCCAGUUCGAGGGCCGGCAAUCUGGGAAUGCUAAUACCGGUAAUUGCGGUGCUGGUGCGUCGUCUGCCGCCCAUCAAGAAUCCCCGCAUGCGUCUGCACAAGCUCUUCAAGGAUUUCUGGGUCUAUUGUGUGGUCAUGGGCUUCACAAAUGCCCGUCUCUGGCCAGCAGACUGGUAUCAGGGAGUACAACAGAUUGCGGCCAAAUCGCCGCUCCUCAUUUCACAAACGGCCCACAAAUCAGAUAUGCGGGAACUCAACUACACGCUGGCCAUCAAGAGUGAUUCGGUUAAUGAGCUGCGCAGCCAAAUUUUGGUCCUGCUGGAACACUCAUCGGACAAUGUGGCGACGGCCAUCAAUAAGUUGACCUUUGCCCAAUGUACAUACCUGCUGAGCGUCUAUUGGUUGGAGAUGCUGCGUGUCGAGAACGCCGACGAGCCCAGCCUCGAGCCGAUUAUGAGUUAUCUGUGUGACACCGCACUCCAAAAGGAUAAAUCAGGCAUCUGGCAGUGCGUCAAAUGCGUUGCCGAUCAGGUGUUUGAGAAGUUCCGUAAUGUGUUGUAUGCCCAUGACGAGAUCCGAGAGAAGGUGUUGGAGUCGCAGGCCACGCUGCUGCUCGUCUAUUUCAAUCACAUACACAAACAAAUACAACUGGUGGCUGAUCAGUAUUUGUCCCAGUUGGUCGAUCGUUUUCCGCACUUGCUGUGGAAUCGACGUGUGCUUUGGUGCAUGCUAGACAUACUGCAGUUGUUGGCCUAUUCGCUAACCCUUGAUCCCAACGAGGAGACGCCCACGUUGCGCGUGGUCUCCACACCCUACACGUUGCAGUUGAUGGAUUCGUUGCCGGCACGUGAGCUGCGUCUGAAGGACUUUGCCGACCGUUGUCAGGGCAUUGUGAACGAGGCGAUGAAGUGGGCGCCACGCUCCACACGUUCGCACCUGCAGGAGUAUCCCAACCAAAUACCAACGCCGGUGCUGGCGCAUCACAGUGGUUUGGCAUUGGCCUUCGAUUCGGUGGUGAACAGCAGUGCUAUGCAUCCAGCAAGUGCGCUGAACACGGUCGCCAAUAAACGUCCCAACUGCGUCAAUUCGGACACGCCGCGUUUCGUGUCCGUGCUGUGUCUGCGCAGCAAAUAUGCCGGCGAGAUCUCUGGCCUGUUGUCGGUGCUGAGCGAGGAGGACAAAGUGGGUCUGGCGGAGCGCCUGGUGAAGGAUGUGUGGGGCGCAUGUGCUGAGAAGAGCGAUGCCCGACAUCGAGGGGCAUUGUGGCGUGCCACGGCCUACCUCAUUAUAUGUGCCGAAAUCGAUCGGAAACUGUUGCAUGCGGUCGCGACAUCGCAGGUGGAACUAUUUACAGAAUCGGCGAUGGAGACGGCCGUGGAGUGCUGGCAAUGGGUGUUGACAGCGCGCCAGGAUCUCGAAUUGUGUUUCAUACAAGAAAUGGUGAGUGCCUGGCAGACAACCUUUGAGAAGCGCAUGGGCCUCUUUGCCUGGGAAAUGGAGAUCACAAAUCCGUUGGCCGCCUACGACGGUUGCAAGCUCGUGUCCAAACCCAUACUGAUAGCACCGCACCUGAUUUGGCUGCAGCUGCUCUCAGAAAUGGUGGACACGGCCAAGUAUUGCAAUCGUGACAAGGUCGAGAUGUUCUGUCUGCUGUUGCAUCGCUGUCUGCCCAUAUUGAAGAAUUCGCGUCAGAAUCGUCAGGUGUCGACAGUCGGCUGUCGCUUCAAGCUGCUGCAAUGUGGGCUGUCGUUGUUGCAGGGCAACACCAUUCCCAAGUCGCUGGCACGAAAUAUUUUGCGCGAGCGCAUCUACUCCAAUGCCCUCGACUAUUUCUGCGGCCCGCCCACAUGUCCCAAUCAGAGUCGGGAGCAGCUGCUCGAUGAUAUACUGAUAUUGCUCAAGUUCUGGCAGACGAUGCGCAGCGAAAAGAAGCAUCUGGUUACCUCCGAGGUGGGGGACUAUGAUAUUACAAAUGUUUCGGUUAGCUCCACCCAAAUGCUGGCUGUGAAAGCUAAUCCAGAGACGGCGUCGCUGAUUAGUGGCGGUGCCGAUUAUACGCGUUCCAUGUCCGCUACCGGCAAUACUGGCGGCUGGUACAACACCAUUCCCCACUCCACGUCGACGCUAUCCAAGCGCUCGAAUCGUUCCAAGCGGCUGCAGUAUCAGAAAGACUCCUACGACAAGGAUUACAUGAAGAAACGUAAUCUAAUACUGGAGUUGCUCGCCGUUGAAAUUGAAUUCCUUAUCACGUGGUAUAAUCCCAACAGCCUGCCGGAUCUUAUAGUGCCAGGCGAGGAGCAAAUCACGGAGUGGCGCAAUCGACCGUACAAGCCGAAUGUGUGGCGCGAUUAUGCUCGCCUUGCAUGGGGCUAUAAUCCUGCGCUCGCCGUCUUCCUGCCGCAACGCAUUAAGAACGCUGAGACCAUUGACGAGGAGGUUAGCCGUCUAGUCUGCUCUGAUCCCAUCGCUGUCUGCCACAUACCCGAGGCGCUCAAGUACCUGUGCACCACCAAGAACCUGUUGCAGGAGAGUCCCGAUCUGGUCUACAUACUCUCCUGGUCAGCGGUUACACCCAUACAGGCAUUAUCCUACUUCUCCCGCCAGUAUCCAUCGCAUCCACUGACCGCACAGUAUGCGGUAAAGACGCUCAGCUCGUAUCCCGCCGAAUCGGUGCUGCCGUACAUUCCCCAAUUGGUUCAGGCGCUGCGUCACGACACCAUGGGCUAUGUGGUUGAGUUCAUCAAAAAUAUAUCGAAACGCUCCCAAAUUGUGGCCCAUCAGCUUAUCUGGAACAUGCAGACGAACAUGUAUAUGGAUGAGGAUCAGCAGCAUCGUGAUCCCAAUCUGUAUGAGGCGCUCGAUGCGCUCUCACAAAACAUAAUCGCCUCGUUCUCGGGGGCGGCAAAACGUUUCUAUGAGCGUGAAUUUGAUUUCUUUGGCAAAAUCACCGCAGUCUCGGGUGAGAUUCGUUCCUUUCCCAAGGGUAUUGAGCGGAAGAACGCUUGUCUGGCGGCGCUUAGUCGCAUCAAGGUGCAAUCGGGUUGUUAUCUACCCUCAAAUCCAGAGGCAAUGGUCCUGGAUAUCGACUAUAGCAGCGGUACGCCCAUGCAGAGUGCGGCCAAGGCCCCAUAUCUGGCCCGAUUUCGUGUCUAUCGUUGCGGCAUAAAUGAGCUCGAGACGCGUGCCAUGGAGGUGUCUAAUAAUCCAAACUCGCAGGAGGACGCAAAAAUGACACUGGGUGUAGAGUCGUGGCAAGCGGCUAUUUUCAAGGUGGGCGACGACGUUCGUCAGGAUAUGCUGGCCCUCCAAGUGAUAACCAUAUUCAAGAAUAUCUUCCAACAAGUAGGACUGGAUCUGUUUCUGUUCCCCUAUCGCGUUGUCGCUACAGCUCCCGGCUGCGGCGUCAUUGAGUGCGUGCCGAAUGCCAAGAGUCGCGAUCAACUGGGAAGGCAGACAGAUUCCGGUCUAUCCGAGUACUUCCAACAUCAAUAUGGGGACGAGAGCUCCAAGGAGUUUCAGGCAGCGCGCGCCAACUUUGUGAAGAGCAUGGCCGCCUAUUCGCUGAUUGGCUAUCUGCUCCAGAUCAAGGACCGACACAAUGGCAAUAUCAUGAUUGACAAGGAUGGGCACAUCAUACACAUUGAUUUCGGAUUCAUGUUCGAGUCGUCGCCGGGCGGCAACAUCGGCUUCGAGCCGGAUAUGAAGCUAACCGACGAAAUGGUGAUGAUUAUGGGCGGCAAAAUGGAGGCGCCCGCCUUCAAAUGGUUCUGUGAGCUGUGCGUUCAGGCCUUUCUGGCCGUGCGCCCCUACCAGGAUGCCAUUGUAUCUCUGGUCUCGCUUAUGCUGGACACGGGCCUGCCGUGCUUCCGUGGACAGACGAUAAAUUUACUUAAGCAGCGUUUCGUUGCCACUAAAAAUAACAAGGAGGCGGCCGCACACAUGCUGGCCGUUAUCCGCAACUCGUAUCAGAAUUUCCGUACACGUACCUAUGACAUGAUCCAGUACUAUCAGAACCAGAUACCCUAUUAGAUACAAAUAAUGUGACUUAGUUUGGGUGAGCGGGGUAUAACGAUCAAUAGCCAAAUGCUGUAUUAUUUUGUUCUUGUUUCCACUUUUGUUUUCAUUCUUUUUUUAUUUGUGGUCAGUCUUUAUUGUAUUUACAUAUUACAUGUUUAUAAUCGAAGAAGUUUUACGAUACUUGCUAAACCAAUUAUAGGGCAAUAUGUUGAAUAAUGUAUCUGUUAACUACAUAUAUAUACAUAUUUAUAUAUAUAUAUAUACAUACUUAAAGUAACGGUUCAAGUUACAAACUGCAAAAUUAGUAGUGGUGUGAGGGCAUACAUAAUUCCAUAUAAUAUAAAAAUAUUCUUAUAUAUUUAUCUAUUGUAUUUAUUAUGUGUGUGUAUAUUAAAAAAGAAAAAAACUUGU